AUGGCGGCAGUCCUUGGCCUUCUCUUGGCCUUGAGCGGUAUGGUGGUGAUCUCUGCCGAGAAGUACCCGUCCCCUUCUCCACCCCCUUACCAUUACAAGUCUCCACCACCACAUCCACCCAAGGAGCACUACCCUCCUCCGAAGAAGCACUACUACUACAAGUCCCCCCCACCGCCCCCUCCUCCCAAGAAGCACUACUACUACAAGUCCCCCCCACCACCCUCUCCUCCCAAGAAGCACUACUACUACAAGUCUCCCCCGCCACCUUCUCCUCCGAAGAAGCACUACUACUAUAAGUCUCCCCCGCCACCCCCUCCCAAGGUUCACUACCACUACAAAUCCCCGCCGCCACCCCCCCCGAAGGUGCAUUACUACUACAAAUCACCGCCGCCACCACAUAAGUACUGA